AUGGGUUGUAUUUGCGCCACCGCGCGUUCUCCAAACGCCGCCGUUACAAACAACGACCUCUUAGACUCCAGCAAAUCCAUCCUUCAACUCCUCCCUCCGUCUACUUCGUUGGCCUCUUCAUCUAAAAAAGAAGGAUCUUUCACCCGUCCCACUUCCGAAGCUUCCAUCACCGUCGUGGCUAAUGGUUAUCCAGUGGCGCGUCGUCCCUCCACCUCCUCUGAUCGAAACACCAACCCAGUAGUUACCGUCGGAGCUCCGACAAGAAAAGUCACGGCUAUUCCCGUGGGGAAGCCUAUGCAGAAGUCAGAGAGUUUGACCGGAAAUAAAACAGAACCCACUAGCGGAGAAUGGCCAUCUUGGUUGACCUCUGUCGCCGGAGAAGCCAUCAAAGGAUGGGUUCCUCGCUCAGCAGAUUCCUAUGAGAAGUUAGAAAAAAUUGGACAGGGGACUUACAGCAGCGUGUACAAAGCUAGAGACCUUGAGACAGGAAAGAUUGUAGCGAUGAAGAAAGUUCGGUUUGUGAAUAUGGAUCCAGAGAGUGUUAGGUUUAUGGCCAGGGAGAUUCUCAUUCUCCGCAAGCUUGAUCAUCCUAAUGUUAUGAAGCUUGAAGGUUUAGUUACCUCUAGACUCUCAGGUAGUCUCUACCUUGUCUUUGAGUACAUGGAACAUGAUCUCGCUGGUCUAGCCGCAAAUCCUGGAAUCAAAUUCUCUGAAACUCAGAUCAAAUGCUAUAUGCAACAACUGUUUCGUGGGCUUGAACAUUGCCAUAGAAGAGGGAUACUCCACCGUGAUAUCAAGGGAUCUAACCUCUUGAUUAAUAACGAAGGUGUUUUGAAGAUUGGUGACUUUGGUUUGGCUAAUUUUUACCGGGGUGAUGGCGAUCUACAGCUGACAAGUCGCGUUGUAACGUUAUGGUAUAGAGCGCCUGAGCUGCUACUCGGUGCUACUGAGUAUGGACCAGCCAUAGACAUGUGGAGUGCCGGUUGCAUUCUCACUGAGCUCUUUGCUGGAAAGCCUAUCAUGCCAGGACGUACAGAAGUGGAGCAGAUACACAAGAUAUUUAAGCUCUGUGGUUCACCUUCAGAAGAUUACUGGAUAAGAGAAACUCUGCCACUUGCAACAAGCUUUAAACCAAGUCACCCUUACAAGGCUGUUCUUGGUGAAACCUUCAGUCAUUUCCCUGCAUCAGCUAUGACACUCAUAAACAAGCUACUUGCAAUAGAGCCUGAGAAACGUGGAUCAGCUGCUUCUGCAUUAAGGAGCGAAUUCUUCACCACGGAGCCACUCCCUGCUAAUCCAUCAAACUUACCUAGAUAUCAACCGAGCAAGGAACUUGACGCUAAGCUUCGCAACGAAGAAGCAAGAAAAGUAAAGGCAGAGGAUAAAAAGAGAAGAGGGGGAGAGACAGUGACAAGAGGACGAGGAAAAGAUCUUAAAACUGCACAGACACCUGAGUUUAUAGCCGCAGGGCAGUCCAAGGUCACAUGCAUAAGCCAUAAGUUCAAAACAGACGAGGAAGGUGGCACAGGGUUCAGGAUCGAACCACCUAGAAAAGGGAUCCAACAGAAUGGUUACGCUCAUGCUUCUACAAUGGUUCACCCAAGUGUUGCUGGCACAGAAUGGAACAGAGGUGGAAGCAUCAAAAGGCAAACUAAUGCAGAGCCGAAGUCUGGUGAUUCUUGUAGGAGAAGUUCCAACAGAGAUUACUCAACCGGAAACGCACCAAGGAAAAACAGGAUUCAUUACUCAGGACCGUUGAUGCCUCCUGGUGGAAAUCUUGAUGAAAUGCUUAAAGAGCACGAGAAGCAGAUCCAACAAGCUGUACGCAAAGCUCGUGUUGAAAAGUCAGGGCAACAGCAGCGUUACAUAGGAAGAAGUGCUCGGUAG